AAUAUGAAGUUCAACAAAACAGAAUCGGAAUAUAACAUGAAAUCUAUACGCUUUCUACUGCUGACAAUUACAACUAUGUUCAUUAUAAUUGCCGGUUUGAUGAUAGUAUUGGGUAUUACAGUAUACUCUCAUUAUCAUCACUUCACAUUUUUCUAUGAAGCGGCUAAGAGCGGCAGGUUCCUCACUCCCUCGUUGUUGUGUGUUCUCUUUGGGAUGAUGCUCUUUAUCAUCACACUGUUCGGUUUCUUUGGAAGCUUGAAGCAAAGCACAUGCAUGGUUAAUUUGUAUGCGCUUUUCUUGUUCUUGAUGGUGAUUUUAAAACUAGUGCUAGUGAUAUUGUCAUUCACAUUAAGCCCGGAUAAAUUAUUGAACUAUGUGAAUGUACCCGUCGAAGAUUACGUCAGUGACCCCGAAAUUAAAGCCGAAAUUGAUAUAUUGCAAAUUUCGCUCAAUUGUUGUGGCAGUAUCUCAUACCUCGACUACGCUGGUAUGAACUUUACCAGUGAUGAUUCCACCGUUAUAAUUGCCAACGCCCAAUCAGACCCUGUGGUGGUGCCUGCGACGUGCUGCGUCACCACUGGUGAGGUAUACUGUACCAGGAUGAGAGGAACAGGAUGUAGAUCCGCGUUGGUCAACAUGCUCAUACAGAAUUCUAGUGUGAUCGGGGUUUUGGGAGUAUCGGUUACUUUCAUUCAGGUCCUUGGCAUUAUUUUCGCGCUUCUCUUAGCUCGCUGCAUCCGAAAAAUGAAAAGCGAAAGAGCAUUAAUGCUGUGGACGAUAAAAGAACAGAUGAUAAUGGCGCGAAAAAUGGAGGAGGACAACGCUAGUGAUAAUAAUACAGUCUAUAUUGCUCAAGCUGAAUCAAGCACCGCAUAG